CCACACUGGAGACUGGACACUGUCAGAUUUCUGUGAACUCACCCUGGAUCCAAACACAGUGAAUGAAGAACUCCAACUGUCUGAAAACAACAAGAAGGUGGAAGGAGUGUAUGAGGUUCAGUCAUAUCCAGAGCAUCAGGACAGAUUUGAGUACAGGCCUCAGCUGAUGUGUUCAACUGGUCUGACUGGUCGCUGUUACUGGGAGGUCCAGUGGAGUGGAGAGGUUUUAAUAUCAGUGACUUACAGAGGAAUCAGAAGGAAAGGAGACAGUGAAGUCUGUGGGUUUGGAAGAAAUGAUCAGUCCUGGAGUCUGAGGUGUUAUAAAGGCGGAUACGGCGUCUGGCAUAAUAACAAAUACACACACCUCCGUCAGUCCUCCUCCUCUGGUACAGUAUCAGUGUAUGUGGACUGUCCUGCUGGAUCUGUGUCCUUCUACAGAGUCUCCUCUGACAAACUGAUCCACAUCUACACCUUCAAAACCACAUUCACUGAACCGCUAUUAGGAGGAUUUGGACUCAGUGAACCAGGAUCCACAGUGUGUCUGUGUGUUGUGUAGUUGAGUUGUGUAGUUGUAUAGUUGUGUAGUGUAGUUGUAUAGUUGUGUUGUGUAGUUGUAUAUUUGUGUUGUGUAGUUGUAUAGCUGUGUUGUAUAGUUGUGUAGUUGUAUAGUUGAGUUGUGUAGUUUUGUAGUUGUGUUAUGUAGUUGUAUAGUUCCAUAGUUGUGGUGUGUAGUUCUGCAGUGUACUUGUGUAGUUGUAUAGUUGUGUAGUUGUGUUGUAUAGUUGUGGUUGUGUAGUUGUGGUUGUAUAAUUGUGUUGUGUACAUAACUUGUUGAAUCCAACUCUGUAGAAUUUGAUCUCCGUUCUGUGUCAGCUGAUCACCUGCAAAUACACUAAACAUUUACAAACACCAAUAACAUCAAUCAGCCUUAAUUCAGCUAUUAUUUGGUUUGUUUUUGAUGCUUGUUUCCUUAAUUUUACUUAAGUCUUUUUAAUUCCGUCGUUAUGAUGAAUUAUUUGUGUUGUAUUUUCAUUUUUCUUCAUUUAUGUUGUUUUUUUUUUUUCUGAUCAUUGAGGGGUUUUUUUUUCUUCAUUUUAACUUCACUUUGGGAAUUAUUUGUUAAUUUUUUUUUACAUUUUGACAAUUCAUUUGUUAUAUUUUUCUUGGUUUAGUUGAAUAAUUUGUAAAUGCUGAUUUUGUUCAUUUUGGCGAUUUUAUAUUUUCCCUUUUUUUUUAUUUUGCUUGUUUUGUUUUUAAUUUUCAUAAUUUCUUAUCAUUACUUAGUCCUUUUUCCCAUGUUUCCAUUUUAUUGUUUUGCUAUUUUCCAUUUUAAUUCAUUAAUUCUUAGUAUUUACUCAAUUAGGAUGAAUUAUUUAUCCUGUGUUUUCAUUUUUCAUUUAUGUUCUUUUUUUUUUUUGUAAAUGUUGGUGAUUAUUCCGUUCUAUAUUUUUCUUCAUGUUGAAUAUUUAGUUCAUUUUGUUCUAUUUUACAUUUGGACUUGUCAUUAUUUAGAGGUUCUUAUGCUAUAACACUGCUUCCCAUAAUGUUGGAAUAAAGUUUUUUUCCUCUUUUCAUGAAAUGAUUGUGAAUAUGUGAUUUGUUGUUAAUAAAGUGUAACCGGAUUGUCUAGAACCAGUCCCAGU